AUGCCAGUUACCAUUAAGACGUUAUUAUUAAACGAUGCUGUACCGUCGCAGCCUCCUGAUAGUGUCAAGCCAACUGUAAGGCAAAUAGUCGACGACGUUGUACUCCUAUGGAGAGAGGAGCCUUCCUCUGAAGGGUUAGAGAUUUCUCGACUGUACCAAAAAGUUCAGAAAAGGCAUGUAGAGUGGCAACUUGAGGAAGAUGUGCUGAGAGAUACUCUAAUAAAGCAUAGCUUAUAUUUUAACGAUGAGUCACAAUUGAAUACUUAUGAUGACCGAAUAGAAUUUCCCCCCAUUCUGCUAAAAAAGAGUUAUAAGAAGGUAGACAUUGCUUGCAAUAAUGAAGAAAGAAAACUGCUGGCAAAGACCGCUCUCGAUGUAGGUGAUUUGAUAUACACGGAAUCUUCUCCCAUUGUGGUAAUACCUCCAAUGGACAAAAUGGCCUUGAUUAAAAGUGGCAAAGCGUGUAUUUAUUGCGGGAACUCACUAAGUAACAUUAGUUCUCAUUUCAUUAUCAAAAAUGGCCUUGAUUGUAAUGAUUGUAAUGGUGUUUGGUGUACAAAGACGUGUAGAAAAAACGAUAUUAUUCAUUCUGCACUAUAUCAUGACAAAUCUAAAAAUAAGUCUAAAAUAACAAUUAAAUCUCACAACUGGAUACUAUUUGCAAAAUAUUGUCAAGAAAAAUUGUUUGUAGCUGCGUAUUCUGUUGGAAUCAUAUUUGCCAAAAUUCUACUUUCAAAUGAAGAAGAUUCGACAAAAACAAGGGCCCAAUUUGAAUCAUUGGCCCAAGUAUCACAAAGAAUUAGAAUAAAUUUGAGUGAUUCCACUAAUAUUGGUGGAACACUUGAUAUUACAAGCGGUGCAAUGGCAGUAGAUGAUCCGGAAUCUGUAUGGCAAGAAGCUUAUAGUCUAUUUACAAAGACUUUUCCGAUGCUUGAAGGUGAUAUCGAUUUGGAACGAUUUCUAUGUUAUAUAGGGAAGUUCAACAUAAAUCAAAUUUCCAAUCAGGUUUAUCAACUAACUUCUUUAGCGAAUCAUAGUUGUGAACCUAAUGCCCGCUACGAGAUCGAUAGCAAGUUAGAAUUGAAAGUGUAUGCUAGAAGAAAAAUCAAGCCAGGAGAGGAAAUAUUUCUCACAUAUGUUAAUCCAUUACAUGGUGUGAAUUUAAGGAGAAGAGAAUUGAGAGUGAAUUGGGGGUUUUUGUGUAAAUGUAGUCGUUGCCUGAAAGAGCUUAAGUACUCGAAAUUGCGCAUCAACUCUGAGACAUCUCAAUUGAAAGUUUUGGACGAAAAGAAAAGAAGAAAAUCAUCAAUGAAAAGUAGAAGACCCGAUUUAACAGAGCUGCUGAAAAAUCCACAAGAAUUUGAUUUAGAAAUACCUGAAACCUUAGGUUUUGGUGGGAGAAGACGGACCUCUGUCCGAUUUGACAGCAAUGUAACUUUUGCAGUUGAAGAAUGA